AUGACCUGUACUCUUCGACUUUUUUUAAAAUUUAGUUUAACUAUUUCUCUAUCAUCUGCCAUUAUAUCUAUUGACCAACAUGCUUUUGACGUAGAUAUCAAACCUUUCUUUGACGAUUUUGACGCAUGGAAAUCAGAGAGAGAUGAGUUUAUCCGCUACUCUUCAGAUUAUCCAUUCGGAUGGGAUCAGUUCCAUUGUGAUGUCCCUGAAACUAUUAAGGAACCUUCAGAUAUACAUCACGUCGCACCCUGGCACAUAUCAGUUAUAGGAGCUAUGGGUGAUUCCUUAACGGCUGGACGAGCGACUGGAGCAAAUCUUCUCGGGGAAAUUCCAAGAGACUAUAGAGGGCUUUCAUUUGCAAUAGGUGAAGAUUAUGAAUUAUACGAGUACGCAACAUUACCAAAUAUAUUCCGUCAGUUUUCUCCUUCAUUAACUGGUUCAAGCCAUAAUAUCUCCAAUGAUAAAAAUGUUCUUUUAUCUCAUUUUAAUGUCGCUCGUUCCGGUGCUAAAGCUCAUGAUCUUCUACGUCAAGCUCAAGAACUAGUGAAAAGGAUGAAGCUUGAAUUGUCCUUCGGGUUUUUCACCAAGUGGAAGUUCGUCAAUAUAUUCAUCGGUUCAAACGACUUGUGCGAUCUUUGUCAGAAUGAGACUUUAUAUGGUGCUGAAGCUUUUGAGUCAAGUGUUAGAGAAACUCUAAGUUAUCUUAAAGAGAACAUGCCAAGAACUUACAUUCAAAUAAUGCCGCCGUUCAAUGUGUCUGUUCUUCAAUCCACUCAUGAAAGCCAUCCGUUCUGUAUUGAUAUUCAUAAAAUCACUUGUCCUUCUAUUUUUGGCUAUCCAUCUGAAAAGCUACAGUCAGUCAAAGAGAAAAUGGAUAACUUCAUCUUCGAAUUAAAUACGGAAGACUAUGAAGCUCCUGAUUUCACUGUUGUUGUAGCUCCCAUCAUAUCGAAAAUUUCCCUCUUACCAAUCGUUGGGAGCUCCAUCAAUAUUGCUUUCACUGCUUUGGAUUGUUUCCAUUUCUCCCCGAUAGCUCAUGAUAUGGUAGCUAAGACACUGUGGAAUAACUUAUUUGAACCAGUUUACACUAGAGAAAUAUGGAAAACUUUCGGAAGUUUUAACCCCGUCACAUGGAAGUGUCCACCCAAAGAAUGCCCAUACCUGAGAACAAAAAAGAACUCCUUGAUAUGCUUGGAAGAUAUCAGCAUUCCAAAUAUGAAGUUGCGUGUGCAGCCGGUCGAAGUACCAUCACAAAGCGAAUUAGAAAUGCGUUUAAGUGAGGAUAGUGUGAUCGUUAAGUUUUCCGCCUAUUUUAUAGGACUCAUGAUUGUUGUUGUAUUGAUUGCACUAUCAGUUAACGGACUACAGAAACGGUUAAAUAAAAAAAAUAAGAGAAAAGCUGACGAAGGAACACCUCUGCUACUCACAGCUAAUCUAUAUGACGAUUUCUUAAUAUAG